AUGUUUUUUUUACUAAUAUUAGCGUUAGUUGGGUCUAUUACCCUUUGUUUUUUGCUAAUAGAUUCCCUAUGGAGUGUGUUGGAGCUUAUAUCUUCGUAUCUGAUGCCUUAUUUCCUGCCCAGUGAGGUGCAGCCACUAUCCAAGAAGUUCGGACCAUGGGCCGUGGUAACCGGUGCGACAGAUGGUAUCGGCAAGCAGUACGCGCUAGAGCUGGCUCGGCAAGGCAUCAACAUCGUCAUCAUCAGCCGGAACCCUGACAAGCUGAGGGCUGUGGCUUCUGAGAUAGAGAGGACGCACAAUGUAAAGACAAAAGUAGUGGUGGCAGACUUCAGUAAGGGAGCUGAGGUGUACCCGUACAUUGAGGAGCAGCUCAAGGACAUACCUAUUGGUAUACUAGUCAACAAUGUAGGCGUCAACUACGACUAUCCGAUGCCUCUGUGUGAAGCAUCUCCCACGAAGUUAUGGGAGCUCAUCAACGUGAACGUGGGCGGUGUGACUGCGAUGUGCCGGGUGGUGCUGCCCGGCAUGGUGCAGCGAGGUCGAGGUGCUGUCGUCAAUGUGUCCUCAGGGUCUGAACUCCAGCCGCUGCCGUUGAUGACUGUUUAUGCUGCUACCAAGGCCUACGUCCGCAGUUUCACAUACGCAGUCCGUGAGGAGUAUGCUCCAAAGGGUAUCCACAUCCAGCACCUGGCACCACUGUUCGUGUCCACUAAGAUCAACGCCUUCUCCCAGCGGCUGAUGGAAGGCAAUCUCCUCGUGCCUGAUGCUGCCACGUACUCUAGAUACGCCGUCUCCACUCUGGGAAGGCAGCACAACACUACUGGGUACUGGUUGCAUGGAAUACAGUACUUCUUUAUCAAAGUGGUACCAGUUUGGGUGAGGACGAAGGUGGGCAUGCAGAUGAACAUACAGUUCCGCCACGAAUACCUUCAGAACGCCAAGAUUAAGGCCAACUGA